CGACGAUUUAACACAGUAAUCCAGACGCAAUAAUGUCGUCAAUAUCGCAGUCGCGCCCCCCACGGCGUGCUUCUACGAGGAAAAGAUUAAUCGUCCAAGAAAGUUCGGAGGAUGAGUUGCAGUCCGGCCGAGCAACCCCGACGUUUUCGGCUGAAGACGACGAUGACAACAACGAUGAAGAAUACACUCCGGUCCCAAAUCGGACGGCCGCAAGACGGACGUCUCGACGACAAACUGCUGAAAGUAUAGCUGAAUCCUCCCAGUCUACUGCGCGGCCCCCGCGGAAGACCCGACGAACCCAGACCCGAGAGAGCCUAGUAACAUCGAAUCCAUUUAGCGGAGCGGAAGCGAGUGCUAUAAUUGGGGAUCCAGAGACUCCGACACGAAGGCAAAGUGUUUCCAGGUCAAGACACAGCACGGCUCAUCGAAGUACUCGUAUGUCUUCAGUUACUCCCACAGUGGAGUUCUCCUCUAUUCCGACACCAGCACCCUCACAAUCUCCAGAGCCUAGUUCGCACAGAUCCCGCCGCAGUACUUCUCGGUCGAUUGAGCCAACUCCAUCCUCAGCAAGACACAGCAUUCCUCCAGAGCCCAUCCAGCAAGCCGAAACCACUCGACGCUCAUCCCGUCGAAGUACUUCUCAACAUGUUGAGCCACGCAGAUCCUCGACAAGACAUAGCCUCACACCAGCGCCCAUGCAGCCAGAGCAGACUGAUGGGCAAUUGUCUCGUCGGAGUUCUUCUCGACAGAUUGAAUCAACUCCAUCGUCAGAAAGACAUAGUGCCACCCCAACACCCACACAAUUCACAGAGACUGGGAGACGGCUAUCCCGCCGAAGUAUUACACCUGUAGCGCCGCAGCAAGACCCCUCUAGCGCUAACCCUGCGGCAGUACCGUCCAUAGAACAUGAUCCUGCUUCAUCGGAAAGGGAGGCAACCCCUACAGAUACAGUACAACACCCAACCGAUGAAAUUCCUCUGCAAAGAGCGCUGCCUGAAGCAUCUAAUAUUGAAGCGAUUAAUCCAAUGUCGACUGCAUUGGAGAAGCCAAUGGAUAUCUUGAUGAAAUCUCGGGCGAUGUCGCAACCUCCUACGGAAGAACCCUCGGGGCCAAAACCACGAAUGGUUAUCACCCAUCUAGUUUUGACUAACUUCAAAAGUUAUGCAGGUAGACAGGUUGUUGGCCCAUUUCAUGCCUCCUUUUCUUCGGUGGUUGGACCUAACGGCUCUGGGAAAUCAAACGUCAUUGAUUCACUGCUUUUUGUUUUUGGCUUCCGGGCCAGUAAAAUGAGACAAGGCAAGAUCUCUGCUCUCAUUCAUAACUCCGCCAAUUUCCCAAACCUCCCUUUCUGUGAAGUUGAGGUACAUUUUCAGGAAGUUCUCGAUCUUCCAGGAGGCGGCCACGAAAUUGUGGAAAACUCGCAGCUCGUUGUUUCGCGGAGAGCCUUUAAGAACAAUACGAGCAAAUAUUACAUGAACCGCAAGGAAACCAACUUCACGACGGUCACCGAUUUUCUUCGAGCUCGGGGCAUUGAUCUGGAUCAUAAACGCUUCCUCAUCUUACAAGGCGAAGUCGAAUCGAUCGCUCAGAUGAAGCCAAAAGCUGCUAAUGACCAUGAUGAUGGUCUUCUGGAGUACUUGGAAGACAUAAUAGGGACGUCGAAAUACAAGGUUCCUAUCGAGGAGGCUGCGGCAGAGGUUGAAACGCUAAAUGAAGUCUGUUCAGAGAAAAGCAGCCGCGUCCAGCACGUUGAGAAAGAGAAAUCUUCCCUUGAAGACAAGAAAAACAAGGCUUUGAUGUUCAUCAAAGACGAAAAUGAGCUUGUAGAAAAGCAGUCUGCUCUGUAUCAAAUUUACAUCGAUGAAUGCAAUGAUAACACGAGAGUUACGGAGGAGGCGAUUUUGCAGAUGCAAGAAUUGUUAAACCUUGAGCUCGAAAAGCAUCAGGGGAAUGAAGAGGGCAUCAAGGACCUUCAACGGCAGUUUAAGCGAAGCACAAAGGAAUAUGAAACCAUGGAGAAGGAAACUCAAGCGAUCGCGAAGGAGAUGUCCAAAUAUGAUAAAGAAUCAGUCAAACUGGAAGAAAAGCGCAAGUUCCUGGCAAACAAGCGGAAGAAACUCGAAAAAGCCAUGCAAGCUAGUCGCUUAGCAGCUUCUGAAUGCGCGAGCUUAGUCGAAAAGCAUGCCGAUGACAUUGAGAGAAAAACUGCAGAAAUCGCAUCUCUCGAAAAGGAAAUGAGACGCGAAGAGGAGGAACUAGCGUCCAUCCGUGAGAGCCUAAAAGGAAAAACACAGGGACUUUCUGAUCAGAUCGCCGCAAUGCAAAAAGGUCUCGAACCGUGGAACGAGAAAAUUAACGAGAAGCUGUCCGCGAUGGCUGUGGCUCAAAGUGAGCUGGAUAUUCUUCAUGAAAAGAGAAAUGCAGGUGUUGUAGCUUUGGAAGAAGCUCAGGCAAAGAUUGCUUCCAUUCAGGAGGGGGGUGCGGCCAAAACACACGAGAUAGAACAGCGUCGCUUGGAGCUGACGGAGCUCGAAAAUGAAGUUGCAACUCUAACAGCAGAAUUACAGAGGUUCUCUGACAAGGAACCAGAAUAUCGUUCACGUCUGUCUCGUGCUCGACAGAAGGCGGAAGAGGCCCGAUCGAGCCUCACGAGCACGCAGAACCAGGGCAACGUUCUUGCGGGCCUAAUGCGACUGAAAGAGUCAGGUCGUAUUCAGGGAUUCCACGGGCGUCUCGGAAACCUCGGGACAAUCGAAGAGAAAUUCGAUGUUGCCAUCUCGACGGCUUGCCCUGCCCUGGACAACCUUGUAGUGGACUCUGUGGAGGUCGGGCAGCAGUGUAUUGAAUAUCUUCGCAAAAACAAUCUCGGCCGAGCGAACUUUAUCCUGCUGGACAGGUUACCUCGCAGAGACAUGUCUCCCAUAUUUACUCCGGACAGCGUUCCGCGAUUGUUCGAUCUAGUCAAGCCUCUUGAUCCAAAGUUCAGCCCAGCGUUCUAUAGCGUGAUGCAGAACACCCUCGUUGCAAAGGAUUUAGAACAAGCCAAUAAGAUUGCGUACGGGGCUCGAAGAUGGAGGGUCGUCACCCUUGGUGGACAGCUGAUUGACGUUUCCGGUACCAUGAGUGGAGGUGGAACUCGUGUCGCUAGGGGCGCCAUGUCAUCAAAGAGGGUGGCGGAAGUUUCAAAGGACCAGGUAGAGAAGCUUGACGCUGAACGUGACCAUAUGGAGAAGAGAUUCCAAGCAUUUCAGGAAAAGCAGCGCCAAUUAGAAUCCUCAUUGAAAAGCAAAAACGAUGACAUUCCUAAGCUGAACACCACCAUCCAGAAGCUUCAGCUCGAGAUCGAGAGUGCCGGCCGCAAUCUGGCGGACGCCAAACGCCGAGUCAAAGAGCUUACUGCUGAACAUAAACCAUCCAAGGAUGAUGACAGCAGAGCAGCGGCGCUCAGAAAGCAUAUCUCCUUGUUUGAAGCAGAGAUCGGUCAAUUGCGUGCAGAAAAAGCCGGUGUUGAGGAAGAGAUCCAAACUUUGCAGAAUAAGAUCAUGGAAAUCGGUGGAGUGAGACUUCGUGGCCAAAAAGCCAAGGUAGAUGGACUUAAGGAGCAAAUUUCACUCCUUACAGAAGAAGUGUCCAGUGCCGAAGUCUCGAAAUCCAAGAAUGCUAAGCUUCGUGUAAAACAUGAGAAGUCUCGUGUGGACUCUGAAGGAGAGCUUGAGCAGCUUGCAGAGGAACUCGACAGAUUAUCUCAGGAGAAUGAGGACCAGGCCAACAUAGUUUCAGAAAUGAGAGAAAGAACUGAGGCAGCGCAGGAAGCUUUAUUAUCCAAAAAGGAGGAACUUGCUGCGCUCAAGGCUGAGCUGAAUGAAAAGACAGCCGAACUCAAUGAGACCCGUGCGGUUGAAAUAGAAAUGCGCAACAAAUUAGAGGAAAAUCAAAAGGUUCUAGUCGAGAAUCAGAAACGGUGCAGAUAUUGGGAAGAGAAAUUGUCGAAACUUUCGCUACAGAACAUUAGCGACCUUGGCGAGGAAGAAGAAUCGGACCAGCUUCCUGUAUAUACAAAGGACGAGCUGUCUGGCAUGAAUAAAGAAUCCCUCAAAGCCGUCAUUGCCGCGUUGGAGGAAAAGACUCAAAACGCUCAAGUGGAUCUGUCUGUUCUGGCUGAAUAUCGGCGUCGAGUUGCGGAGCACGAAUCUCGUUCUGCCGAUCUUGCAAGCGCACUGGCAAGCCGUGACAAUGCUAAAUCUCGCCUUGAUACCCUUCGCUCGCUUCGAUUGACAGGAUUCAUGGAAGGUUUCAGCACCAUUUCUCUUCGCCUGAAGGAGAUGUAUCAAAUGAUUACGAUGGGUGGUAACGCAGAACUCGAACUCGUGGACUCUCUUGAUCCCUUUUCGGAAGGCAUCUUGUUUUCCGUUAUGCCACCGAAGAAGAGCUGGAAAAAUAUCAGUAAUCUAUCUGGAGGCGAAAAGACAUUGUCCAGUCUGGCCCUUGUGUUCGCUUUACAUCACUACAAACCCACCCCGCUGUAUGUCAUGGACGAAAUUGAUGCUGCUUUAGAUUUUAGGAACGUCUCUAUUGUUGCUUCAUAUAUCAAGGAGCGUACGAAAAAUGCGCAGUUCAUUGUCAUCUCCCUGAGAAAUAACAUGUUUGAACUUGCCGCGCGGCUUGUAGGAGUGUAUAAGGUUAACCACAUGACCAAGAGCGUCACUGUGGAAAAUAAAGAUUAUAUCGCGAAGAAAGCUUGAAGAUGCAGUGUCAUGCUUAUAACCCGCUCCGGGAAUAGUGUUUAGAUUGCUAUCCGGAUACCCAUUUCUUAUGUUUAUCGUGAAUUAGCGGGGCGAGCAUUCUAGGCUUAAGAUGUGGAUCAGGCUGGUCGGUUUGGUUUUCGUGAAGCUACUUUUGUGUCCGGAGUCCCUUUGUGUUCUUCCUGUAUAUAUUUGAUGAGGUGCUUUUGGGGAUGAUAUUUCGUGGAAAUGAUAUGCUAUGAAUGAAA